UUCCUGCUUCUCUUAGGUAAUCCUGUUUCAACGAACCGUACAUGGCGCUGUAACUAUUGCGCCUCGUGGAACAAACACACACGCACACACAAAAAAACACUUUAUGUCGUAUUUCUGGGUGAGUCGAUAUUUUAUUGCAACGGAACUGCAGCCGAGAAAUUGAAAAAACACGAGUAUUUAAUUGCGUUUGUCCGAGUUUUCGAGGACGUUAAUGCCGUUCGAGAGGUACUUUUAGUGCGUCGACACUCAACACCGUAGGAACGAACAAAGAACCCAGACGCAUGCAUAACUCGAUUCUUGUCUGCUAUAACUUGAUUUCAUGUAUAUUUAAACUUCUUUUAGGGGAUUACACACGCCAGUUAUUUUUUAAAUCGCUUGUUAUUCUUUUUAAAGUUUACGAGACUCAUUCAGUGCCGUUAGCCACAUUAGCCGUCAUAACUCCGGACAAAUGGCCGAGGUGUACGUUCGAGUGGCCGAGGAGGAGAACGAGGAGCCCAUGGAAAUCCCGUCCGAGGACGACGGCACCGUUCUGCUGUCGACAGUGUCGGCCCAGUUCCCCGGAGCGUGCGGCCUCCGCUUCAGGAGCCCCGUGUCCCAGUGCAUGCGCGGCGUGCGGAUUGUUGAGGGAGUCCUGCAUGCCCCGGAGACCGGUUGGGGAAACAUGGUGUACGUGGUCAACUAUCCGAAAGAUAACAAAAGGAAAAUGGAAGAAAUCGAUGCCUCGUCGGCUGUGAAAAUGAAGCGCGGUGACAUGAAGACGUCGGACCUGAUCGUGCUGGGUCUUCCUUGGAAAACGACCGAGCAGGACCUGAAAGACUACUUCAGCACUUUCGGAGAAGUCAUCAUGGUGCAGGUAAAACGAGACGGCAGGUCGGGAAACUCCAAAGGGUUUGGCUUUGUGCGGUUCACAGAGUACGAAUCCCAAGAAAAAGUCAUCGCCCAGCGCCACAUGAUUGACGGCAGAUGGUGCGACUGCAAGUUCCCCAACUCCAAGGUGAAUAUGCAAGGCCCAGACGAGCCGAUGAGGAGCCGCAAAGUGUUCGUGGGACGUUGCACGGAGGACAUGACCACUGACGAGCUGAGGCAGUUUUUUAUGCAGUACGGAGAAGUCACAGACGUCUUCAUCCCCAAGCCGUUCCGUGCUUUUGCCUUCGUCACGUUUGCAGAUGAUCAGGUUGCUCAGGCUCUAUGUGGCGAAGACCUGAUCAUCAAGGGCGUGAGCGUCCACAUCUCAAACGCAGAGCCCAAACACGGCAACAGGCAGUUUGACCGCACCGGGCGCUUCGGCAACGGCUUCGGCGCCCAAGCGUUUGGGGCCAGCCGUAGCGGCAUGGGGAGCAGCACCAACAGUAACAUGGCCAACUUCGGUUCCUUCAGCCUAAACCCCGCCAUGAUGGCGGCGGCGCAGGCGGCCUUGCAGAGCAGUUGGGGGAUGAUGGGCAUGCUGGCAAGCCAGCAGCAGUCGUCCACGUCGGCCAGCGGCACCAGCGGCACCAGCUCCAGUCGAGACCAGAGUCAGUCGUUCAGUGCGGGCAACAGCAACUACGGCGCCGGCUCGGCCAGCCUGGGCUGGGGAACGGGCGCAAACUCCACCAGCGGCGGUAGCGGGUUUAGCUCAGGGUUUGGGUCCAGCAUGGAGUCAAAGUCGUCCGGGUGGGGUAUGUAAAAAGAAAAAAGAGAGAGAGAAAAAAAGUGAAGUGUGCGCGUGCGGUAAGUAUUGUGAGAAAGAGUUUAGUCUUUUCACGUUUAUUUGGGUGUCUGCGUCUCUGAACAACACCUUUUGUGGAAGAUAUUUUGUACAUUUAGAGAAAAAAAUAUAGCUUUCAUUUAGAGCAGGGGUGUCCAAACUGCUGCCUGGGAGCAUUUGCAACAUUUGCGGCCCACCAUGCUUUAUUUUUUUGGGGACUCCGUGGCAUAUACAAAAAUUAACAAUUGACAUGGCCAAUAUUUGCUUGUAUUGUACUUCUUUCUACACUGCAAGGCAAGGCAGGAGAAACAAUUUGUUCUCAUCGCUCACUUCCUUGAUAUCUACCAAUGACAUCAUUCGGUAAGGCAUGCCUCAGAAUCGCAAUUGUUUGCUCCACUUUCUGGUCCGUGUCAUGGUAAGCUUAGUACAGAUUGCUCCUGUUUUGGUUUGGAAAGUGGAGAUGUUAGUCUGCUGCUGCUGUUCAGUACAGGGACUGAUGUAUGAGUGGGAUUCAGAGUCGCUGGCCACGCAAAAACUUGAAAAACCCUUGACUUUUUGCUCCAUCGCCUACUUUCAAAAUUUAUUUAUUUUUUAAAAAUAAACAAUCCAUUAAACACGAUAUAAUUCCAACGCAGAUUUUUACCUACACCGAUUGAUUGGUUUUAGCGUGUUAAAUAAACUUAGUGAAGAAUUUAAGUGGGCCUAGCAUCCUUUUGAUUUUUCAGUACAGGAAUCCUUGAAAGAAAAUGUUUGGACACCCCUGAAAUACUCACUUGUGGCUGAAGUGCUUUUUUUUUUUCUUCCCCCGUGUCUCCUUUUUAUCAAUUUCAACUGGAUUCUCUAAUGCGUGUAUUGUGUACUGUCAUGAUUUAGGAUGAAGAAAAAAAAUGUUUGUGGUUCGCCAUUAUCCAGCUAUGUCAUCAUUUUUAGGCAAUCUUGCAUUGGGGAGAAUCUGGUUGAAACUUUUCUUUUUUUUUUUUAAAGUGCAACCUUUAUUUGCAGUCAACAGUGGACAAAAGCCUUCAUUGAAAUCUCUUCUGCAGUUGACCUCUCUUCCGUUUCCCUGCGAGGAAGCUCCAAUAUGGCAGCAUUGUGGCGGGGGCGAUAAGCGCAAUCACUCUCCCUCUUCCCGCCUGUGUAAAUGCUAUGCCAUCAAACAACGGCUUCACUCCGCAUGUUCUCACGAGACGGGACCUUGGGCUCCGCUGGUCGAGGUCUCCAUUUGAACCCCGACUGAAGGACGAAGACGGAAGUUCCAACACUUUGAGUGUGUGGCCUUCUCAGACACGGGGAUAAGCAGAAGUUCCAAGCGCUUACCAAGAGCAAUCAUGUAUCCCUCAAAGUUGACAUUGCUGACCAUGUCCCACGUCCCCGUGUAGUUGACCGCCAUAUCUCCGACGUUCCCGUGGCUCCACAAUCAGAACCAUAGAACAAUAUUCUGUGCGCCUUGAAAGAUCGGUCAAGAUCCUCGAAAAUGGCUGGUACUGAGGCCUCUGCCGCCCCCUCCAAAAAAUCAUAAGUCCAACACACAGACUGGAGACUCGGCUCCUCUCUCGGCUUCUCAGUACAGUAGUACUAUUAGUCGUUCUUCAGAGGCUGACUAAAUGCCUCCAAAUUGUCAACGCGGUGUUCACGGCCCUCGUGGUGGUCCCUCAGCUUUACGUCAUGGCAAGG